AUGGUGAUGGUGAUGGUGGCCAUGGAUAAUGAUGGUGAUGGUAUUGACGACAAUGAUGAGGAUAAUGAUGGUGAUGGUACUGACGACAAUGAUGAGGAUAAUGAUGGUGAUGGUAUUGACGACAAUGAUGAGGAUAAUGAUGGUGAUGGUAUUGACGACAAUGAUGAGAAUAAUGAUGGUGAUGGUAUUGACGACAAUGAUGAGAAUAAUGAUGGUGAUGGUAUUGAUGACAAUGAUCAGGAUACUAAUGGUGAUGGCAUUGACUACAAUGAUGAGGAUAAUGAUGGUGAUGGCAUUGUCGACAAUGAUGAGGAUAAUGAUGGUGAUGGUAUUGUCGAAAAUUAUGAGGAUAAUGAUGGUGAUGGUAUUGACGACAAUGAUGAGGAUAAUGAUGGUGAUGGUACUGACGACAAUGAUGAGGAUAAUGAUGGUGAUGGUAUUGACGACAAUGAUGAGGAUAAUGAUGGUGAUGGCAUUGACGACAAUGAUGAGGAUAAUGAUGGUGAUGGCAUUGUCGACAAUGAUGAUGAUAAUGAUGGUGAUGGCAUUGUCGACAAUGAUGAGGAUAAUGAUGGUGAUGGUAUUGUCGACAAUGAUGAGGAUAAUGAUGGUGAUGGUAUUGUCGACAAUGAUGAGGAUAAUGAUGGUGAUGGUAUUGUCGACAAUGAUGAGGACAAUGAUGAUGAUGGUAUUGGCGACAAGGAUGAGGAUAAUGAUGAUGAUGGUAUUGAUAAUGACGGUGAUGGUAUUGUCGACAAUGAUGAGGAUAAUGAUGGUGAUGGUAUUGUCGACAAUGAUGAGAACAAUGAUGAUGAUGGUAUUGGCGACAAUGAUGAGGAUAAUGAUGAUGAUGGUAUUGUCGACAAUGAUGAGAAUAAUGAUGAUGAUGGUAUUGACGACAAUGAUGAGUAUAAUGAUGUUGAUGACAUUGACGACAAUGAUGAGGAUAAUGAUGGUGAUGGUAUUGACGACAAUGAUGAGGAUAAUGACGAUGGUACUGACGACAUUGAUGAUGAUAAUGAUGGUGAUGGUAUUGACGACAAUGAUGAGGAUAAUGAUGAUGGUACUGACGAUAUUGAUGAGGAUAAUGAUGGUGAUGGUAUUGACGACAAUGAUGAGGAUAAUGAUGGUGAUGGUAUUGUCGACAAUGAUGAGGAUAAUGAUGGUGAUGGCAUUGACUACAAUGAUGAGGAUACUAAUGGUCAUGGCACUGACGUCAAUGAUGAGGAUAAUGAUGGUGAUAGAUUAUCGACACUGAUGAGGAUAAUGAUGGUGAUGGUGUUGACGACAAUGAUGAGGAUAAUGAUAGUGAUGGAUAAUGAUGGUGAUGGUAUUGACGACAAUGAUGAGGAUAAUGAUGGUGAUGGUAUUGACGACAAUGAUGAAGAUAAUGAUGGUGAUGGUAUUGUCGACAAUGAUGAUGAUAACGAUGGUGAUGGUAUUGACGACAAUGAUGAGGAUAAUGAUGGUGAUGGUAUUGACGAAAAUGAUGGGGAUAAUGAUGGUGAUGGUAUUGACGACAAUGAUGAGGAUAAUGAUGGUGAUGGUAUUGUCGGCAAUGAUGAGGAUAAUGAUGGUGAUGGUAUUGACGACAAUGAUGAGGAUAAUGAUGGUGAUGGUAUUGGCGACAAUGAUGAGGAUAAUGAUGAGGAUACUGAAAAUGAUAUUGAAAACGAUGAGGAUGUUGAUGAGGAGGAUGAAUGA